GGACUUGAUUGCAUCAGAAUCAUUGAAGAUUUAGCACAAGUUCUCAAGAAACAGUCAGGUUUAAGAAAUGUCUUGCCUAUAACAACUGCUAAAGUCCCAAUUGUCAAAUUUUUUCAUGUCAGAAGUGGUCUUGAAGUAGACAUCAGUUUAUAUAAUACUCUGGCCUUGCAUAACACAAGACUCCUGUCAUCAUACGCAGCCAUUGAUCCUAGAGUAAAAUAUCUGUGUUACACAAUGAAGGUCUUUACAAAGAUAUGUGACAUUGGAGAUGCAUCUCGAGGUAGCCUUUCUUCAUAUGCAUAUACUCUUAUGGUGCUUUAUUUUCUUCAGCAGAGAAAUCCACCUGUCAUUCCUGUUCUUCAAGAGAUCUACAAAGAACCAAAAAAGCCUGAAAUUUUAGUUGAUGGCUGGAAUGUUUAUUUCUUUGAUAAGAUAGAGGAGUUGUCAGUUGUUUGGCCAGACUGUGGCAAAAACACAGAAUCUGUUGGGCAACUAUGGCUGGGACUUCUCCGUUUCUACACGGAAGAAUUUGAUUUUAAAGAGCAUGUUAUCUGCAUUAGGAGAAAAAAUCUGCUUACAACUUUUAAGAAGCAGUGGACCUCCAAAUACAUUGUAAUCGAAGACCCCUUUGAUUUGAAUCACAAUCUUGGAGCUGGAUUGUCAAGAAAAAUGACAAAUUUUAUAAUGAAGGCUUUUAUCAAUGGCAGAAGGGUAUUUGGUACCCCUAUAAAAAUAUUUCCUAAAGAAUAUUCAUCAGAAAUGGAGUACUUUUUUGAUCCAGAGGUACUAACGGAAGGAGAAUUGGCACCAAAUGAUAGAUGCUGCAGAAUUUGUGGUAAAAUUGGCCAUUUCAUGAAAGAUUGUCCUGUGAGAAGAAAAGUAAGACGAUGUAGAGAUUACGAAGAUGUCAAAAGCCAGAGAUACUCAGAAAGCAAGGAGAAAAGAAGCAAAGAGGACAAAGAAACUCAGAAUAGAACAACAGAAAAGGAGAGCUCCAUCAAGGACGGAAAGUUGCAUCUAUGUACUCCUCAGAAGAGAAAACUAGCAAAGGCAGCAGUGGAAACUGGAAGAGAAAAUACUCCCAGGCAAUCAGCAGAGAAGUGGAAGCACCUGGAAGACAAAGACUUAAGAGAAAAACGUUGUUUUAUCUGUGGAAGAGAAGGUCAUAUUAAAAAGGAGUGUCCACAGUAUAAAGGAGCUGCAGGGCUCCACCAUCUGGGGAAGAAGAACCCCAUGUAUCAGUACAGGUUGGAGGCUGACCUGUUGGAGAGCAGUUCUGGGGAGAGGGACCUGGAAGUCCUGGUAGAUAAUGAGCUGACAAUGAGCCAACAAAGUGCCCUUGCAACCAAGAAGGCCGAUGGUGGUUCAAAACCAGAAGGGUUAUGUGGGUCUCCUUCUUUACCUAGUGCUGCCAAACAUCCUGGUAGAUUAAAUCAG